CCUACGUUGCUUGUUCAGAAUGGUACAGUCCAGGGAACCUGCUCCUGAGAAAAAUACGGGUCAGCAGCGAGUUUUCAGGAUUUCAUUUAUAAUUAUCUGACUAAAUUAAACAGUGUUCAUCAACGUUCAGGGAUAAAUGGUUAGCUUGACGUUUGACCGGGUUUCAGACCGCCGUAGGGCUGGAACCGUGAUGAAAACACCGAGGCAGCAGGGCGUGAUGCUAGCAGCGGGGAUGUAGCCGCCUGCUCACCUCGACAGACAUCAGCAGGAGCGAGUCACCUCGUCUUCAUCCCUCAUCGUCAGCCAGCUCUGAGUGGUCCGAUGCCGAACACAUCCGAAGGACCGAACCUCUCCGGGCCGGCUGAGCCGUCAGGGGCGCAGAUGCCCACCGAUGGCGCGCAUGAGCGCGGGCUGAUGAGCUCCCUAGCCCGGGACGCUGCGAGGCUGAGGCGGGCUUCGAGCGCCGAGCUCCACCUGCAGUGGACCUGCCCGGUCACACACUCCCGGGAGAAGUUCUACACGGUCUGCUCAGAUUACGCCCUCCUCAACCAGGCUGCAUCUGUGUUCUGCCCACCGAAAGCAGCCCGGAACGCGGCCCCGACCAAGCAGGAGGAGGGAACCCCGCUUGGGAAGUCCAAACAGCCGCCUGACUUCAGCGUGAGUCCGGGUGGAGGUGUAGGAUCAGACGGGGACUGCGACAUGGAGGAGGUCUCAUCCGGCUUUACCAAGCCUCUUCUGGCCUGGGAGAUUGAUACAGCAGAGUUCAACGCUGUAUUUACCAGGAAAACAAGAAGCUGCAAUGGGAAAAAGAGCAGCACCAAGAAGAUGAGGCCUUCAGACAGGCCCAGCCGGAAUCUGCUGGAUGUCCCUGUUCACGCCUCGCUGGAGGACAUCAAACAGAGAAAAGUGUUAGACCUUAGGAGAUGGUACUGCAUCAGUCGGCCUCAGUACAAGACGUCUUGUGGAGUUUCCUCUCUGGUGUCUUGCUGGAACUUCUUGUACAGCACUCUGGGAGCCGGGAGUCUUCCACCCAUCUCGCAGGAGGAAGCUCUGCACAUUCUUGGCUUUCAACCACCUUUCGAAGAAAUAAAGUUUGGUCCUUUCACUGGCAAUGCCACUCUGAUGAGGUGGUUCAGACAAAUCAACGACCAUUUCCGAGUGCGAGGCUGCUCUUAUAUCCUCUACAAACCUCAUGGAAAACACAAAACUGCAGGAGAAACGGCUGAAGGGUCUCUGAUGAAGCUGACACAAGGGCUGAAGGAUGAGUCCAUGGCUUACAUCUACCACUGUCAGAACCACUACUUCUGCCCGGUGGGCUUUGAGGCAACACCCCUGAAAGCUGCAAAGGCUUACAGAGGUGCUUUACCCACAAAUGAGAUGGAGUACUGGAUCUUAAUAGGAGAACCUAGUAGGAAACAUCCUGCUAUUCACUGUAAAAAGUGGCAGGACAUUGUGACCGAUCUCAACACGCAAAACCCAGAAUACCUGGACAUCCGCCACACCGAGCGGGGGCUUCAGCAGCGCAAAACCAAAAAGGUGGGCGGCAACCUGCACUGCAUCAUGGCCUUUCAGAGGGUCAACUGGCAGAAGCUGGGUCCCUGGGCGCUAAACUUGGAAAACCUGCGACAUGACUUUCACCACCCUGGAACAGAGAGGGCCCACGGCAGCACAGCUGAGGGCUCGGAGGAGAGGACGCCGUCCAAGCGUCUGGGCCACCUCGGACGCUCCCAGAGUAUGGGGAGUCAGAAGGACAGCAGCUGGAAACGGCUGUCCAACGCUACAGAGCACAGGCAGAGGAGCUCCCCCGACAGCGACCUGGAGGAAGAUGUGAUGGACUGAAACAGGUCGGUGUAGACAAACGGAGGACUUAAAACAGGACCUGACAGAAGGAUUAGUCUGGUGUUCCUAUAAAGUUUACUGUUAAAAAAAGGCCCACACUAAACACUAAAAUGGCUCUUGGUUAGAAAAUAAAGUUGUGUAUCUCAUCAAAGUUUCAUUCCUUUAAAGGUGCACGAUGUAAGAAUGACAUCCUGUGGUCAAAUUUGGGUACUGCAGUCUGUUUCUAAAGCGGGUGACUCUGAUUUCAUGGUUGUUGCCAGUUAUGGAUCAGCACGGAUUCGCCGGCCGGUGUUGAUUUAAAAUGCCGACAGCAGUAUUAGCUGCUGCAGACUCAACAGCCCUGCUGUAAACAGCGACUACAUCCCUCUUUAGAUUUUUUUAAAGGAGAAACGCUGACCUGCACCCAGACAACUGAGAAAGACGUCUGUUCCUUUCAACAUGAUCAAUGCAUUAGACCGUUCUGUCAUCAUUUCUCUGUAAAAUUAUUACUUAUUGUGCAUUUCAAGAGUUGAGUUGUUCCACCUUUAACUCGCUUUUUAAAAGGAUGCUUGGAUUUGAAAAAAACAAAUCACAAACGUGGCAGAAUAUUCUGUUUGGACUAAUGUCACACGCUAGAAUAAAAGUUGUGUUUUUCUAAAUCAUACAAACCAUAAACACAAAGUAUUUUAUAAACAGUAUAAAAAUACACUUUCUUUUCAAAUUUGUGGUAUUUCUGCACGGUCCCUACUGGUGACCCAGUGGAUGGCGGCUACUGGUUCGGAGGUGUGUUUUUGUGUAAAAGUGAUUAAAUAAUCCUGACCAUUUUAGAUGUCUAGCUGAAUUGCCUCUGCUCAGAGAAAUAGUUCAUAUCCUUAACUCGUUCACUGCCAUUGUCGAAAAAGUCGUCAUUUUAAAUCCAACCGCUUGCUACCAUUGACCACUAAAGUUGUCAUUUGCAUCUUUUUACUGGGCGUGCGUGGAAACGACCCCCCCCCCCCGCACCACGAGAACAAACAUCCCAGCUCUAAAGCCGAUCUUCAUCCGCGUAUGUCACAUUUCACGUGACCAGGAAGCAGAAAAUCCGUGUGUUAGGAGGUUGUUUUGGGCCGCUGCUGUGGGAAAAGUGUAGCCUGGCAAGCCAGACUAUAUAUGUGAAUGUUCGUGUUUUAAAGAAAAGCCCAAGUCUAAAUCGUCCGAUGUUGAUGACAAAGCCGUUUCAAAAACGUGGUUCCCGAGCUGCCGCCAUGUUGGAUGUGUUCGCGGUCGCAGUUCUGACGUCUUCAGCUACUACCGCUGAUUAGAGCACUGUGAUUAGCCACAAUAUAACGCGCUAGGAUUGGCCUACAAUAUACGCUGUGAUUGGCCCAAAAAAUAGAGAGCUGUGAUUGGCCCAACAACAGCAACUAAAGAGAGCUGUGAUUGGCUAGCCAGACUGCUGGUAGGAGCUGCAGAGGUUCUAAUGGAGCAUUCCUAGACCAAACUUUGCAAAGCAAGAAUUUGGUCUAGUUCACUAGGCUAGGAAAAGUGAAGUGCAAACCGGAAAAGCUUCUGCUGCUCACCAUGCAACAACAGCUUAUGAAGGAACAGAUAACGCUAGAAACACGCAGAUCCUUCCCGAUGUAAGAAGUGAGUGUACUCUUUGUUUUGGUGCUGACAUCAUAGAGCACAACGUUCUGUGACUCUUCCAAAAAACAGUAAAAACACCCAAAAACCGCUGACAGCGAGAGGCUUUUCUGACCAGGAAACGGCCCGCAGUUAAUGAGUUAAAGAACGAUGAGGUAACUGCUAAUCUCAACACCUUUAUGACCAACAUGAGUUGCUGCCAACCUUAAACAGCUCAGGUUUCCAACAUUCUUCAAUGAUAUUAUUAUAUAAAACUUUCAUUAAUAUUUCAUUAUCACUCUGCACUUAUUUACAUGGAAUGCUAUUUUUAUUUACGAGCAAAAAAAUCUGCAGCAACUUGUAACACUGGUUGCAUCAGUAGUCAAGUCCAGCUGUUUUAAUGUACAUCGGCUAGAAUAACUGCACACGGAGAAGUUGUUAUGUUGAAGGUUCAACAUGUAAGAAUUUUACAGUGAAAGACGAUCCGUCCCGCCUCCAUAUUCCCCGUUUCUACCUGUGAGCAUGCAAAGUUGCCAAGUCUUCAACACAAACACUACUGCGUCGAUUUUUGUAAUUAGACAUCGGCCGACAAAAAGCAGCAGCGUUGUGGACAGCAUGUUGGCCGGUAAACAGGAGCGACCCAGAAGAUUUUUCUUGUACCCCUAAGAAGCCACAGCAUCUUUUGCUCUGAUGACAGGUAAAGAAGGGUAGAGCCUAACGCCGGGGACACACCGGCUGCGGAAGCGCCGCGAAAAUGGGACCGCCUUCAUUCGGCGCCCUUGUUAAGCUAUUUUAUAGACCACAUGGGCCACCGAAGCGCCGCGAAUCGCCUCGCGCCGUGCAGCGAUCAUUUCGGCGUCGGCUCUAUUUUUUUCGCGAGCCGCGGGUGAAUCGCGUCAAUUCUGGCAGGAAGUCAAACCUAGACAUAAGAGGCAGGCCGGUAAAUUUAACAAAGUAAAGCAUUUCAAAAUAAAAUUCCACAAUAGUCAAAUGUGUUCGUAAUCAGACACUGCAGAAAAACCACAUGAACACACACACACACAUCAAACUUGUGUGCGUGUGUGACCAUGUGAAGGGAUGUGUGGUUUUGGGUGUCUUUUCACCGGAGCAAACAGGACAGAGAGGCAGAAAGUCUGAGGCAAGCAGUUAAGAUGGAUGACUUUAAUUAAUUAUGGAAGUUGAGAAACACGAGGAGCUGUACGACCCCCGAAAAACACCGUUAUUUAUACGUACCCAUGUCGGAAGAAACUGCUAGGGUACAGCUGCAGAACUGGAGCGGGUUCCAAGAGAUUCAACUGGCAGAAACAACUCAUACCAUAGGUUCACACACACACACACACACACACACACACACACACACAGAAUGGAGAGGGUGUGUGUGUGUGUGUGUGUGCAUCACAUCCAGCAUAGUUCUGCCUCAAACACACGUUUAACCAUAUUCUCAGUUUGAUGGUGAAAAGCCUCCAUUGUUGCCUGUGCAGGAACCAGGAAGUGAGCUUGUUCCGCUCACCCUGGUUCGCUCGGUGGAAAUGCCGUCCAGUCCAAGUGUUGUGAAAGCAGCUGGUGUUUUCUUGUGCUUUGCCAGUCCUCCAGUAACAGUUGUGCUCUUUAUCCGUCUCUGGAAAGCUGGAAGCUGUACGGGCUUCUCUGAAAAUGGAACAAACAUGGUUUAUUUCCAUGUCUAGAUGUUUGUUUGCACCUCUGUAGACCCGUUUGUGUUUGACCCAACACAGAUGUGACUCUGCAGAACUUCUCAAAUGGGUUUGUUGUAGUUGUUCAUUAUUUUACAAUAAAUGCAGUUUUAAUAGAAA